UGCAUUCAUUAACACAUAUGGCGAAAGUGUAGUUGCUACAUAAAACGAUUUACUUUUACUGAUAGCCUGAGUUACACAUUCAUGUUUUUGUCGGGUCCUUUCCAUGUUACUAUGGUGAUCUUUGUAAACAACCAGUGGUAAAGGUUAGUCAGUAAGCUAGCUCUGUUUUCGGGUCAAAAUUGUCCCUACCCUGCAUAAAACGAACUUUUGAUUUUGUUUAGCUGUUGUGCUCUAGAAUCCAAGUGGAUUUCAUCAUGUCGGUUCGUUUGUCGCGCGUUGAAUUGCUCAGACUGUGCACAGUGCUGCAGGACUGUGUUGAUCAACUGGCUGUGUUGGGACAUGUCAUGCCAGACACAUACAAGGGUCGCCCGGAAGCGGAUCUGGAAGUGUCAGCGAACAUUGGAGAGGUACUUAAACAGCAGAAAGGGGCUGAGAAUAACUUAAAGGCAGCACGUCAGUUUCAAGGAGAAGCUGGAGGCUUGCUGGAUGCCACACGAGAGUUUCAUAGAUCACAGAAGGAGCUAAACCGUACCCUUGAGGAGAACCCGAUGGCACCAGACAACCUUGCUAAAGUUCAGAGGGAUAGGCAAUUUGUGGCAUGUGUGCUCGCUGAUGUGUUAGAAGAAUUGCAUGAGAAAGAAGUUUUUAACAGCUUGCUAUUGGCUGUGGAAGAGGAAAAAAGAAGGAAGGCCCACCUUCUGGACAUCAUAAUCAGAGAGGAGGAGGGGCGCCGAAAGACCAAAGCUCUUCAAAGACAACUGCUUGACAUCAAAAAAGAAAAAACACUGGAGCUUCAGCAACGUGAGGAAAUGACUGCUCACCUAAAGGACCAGCUACAGGAGGUGAAGGCCAAGACUGGUCUGGAGCGGAAGUAUGUGAAAAGCAGUGCUGAUUUACUGGUGUACCAAGGACAGAAGUUGAAUGCCCACUCUGAGAAGCAACUGUCAGAUGAGAUCAGGCUACUGCAUGACCAGUUGGAGGAAGAAAGACGUGUUCAUAUGGAGAUGGAAAAUUUCCUGAAGGAGCAUCAGACAUGUCUGGGGGAGAAACUGGAGGUGUGGAUGGAGCGCUAUGAACGGGACAUGGAGGACAAACAGCACGAGUUGAACACCUUGAGGAACAAUAAGGCCAAUAACCUCGCCCAUUUACAAGAGCUAGCCAAGAGGUACAGAGACAGCGAGCAGGUUGUUAUUGAUGACAGAAUGGAAAAAGAGAACCUGCGCAGUCAGCUGGAGAAAGAGCAGUUGGAGCGGGAGGCAACGACCAAGAUUCAGUCCUGGUGGAGGGGGACUAUGGUUCGUCGUGGUUUGGGCCCUUACAAGAAAGGCAAGAAACCCAAAUCCAAGGAAGGCAAAAAAGGAAAGAAGAAGAAGUAAGGCACCUCAGAAGCCCCAAAUAAAUGUUUAUACACAUGCUUCAUAAGUUACCUUAUGACAUGGACAAUAUUGAUAUCUAAAUAUUGGGGCCCGGGAAAAUCAAAUAUGCCUUUUUUAUGAGUAGAAAACCAGAAAUUGUCUUCUGCACAAAGUAUUUGUGUUACAUAUUAAUAUUUCUUAAAAACAGCAUUGGAAGCAGAGAUUCAAAUUGGAAACUUUUAUUAAUGCACUUUAAAGAUAACUCCAAAUAGUCAUUCCAGAUGUGUUCAAAUUUGUUUUGCAUGUUUUAGAGACAUCUUCCAGCAAACGGUGUAAAAAUUAAAAGUAAAAAUGUAAAAAGACCAUGUUAACGGUCCUUGUUUAUGUGGGAAGUAGAUCAUACUUGUAAACGUAUGGAAUGUAUCUCUAACUGUACAAAGUCACGCAGGGCAGCAAACCCCUGCAAUAGGGUCACAUGAUUACUGUUGGGGAAAUGUCAGUCAGUUUGGGAGAGAACACUUAAAUAUCUAUACAAACAUUUAUAAUAAUAUAUCUAUAAUUAAAUCAGUUUUAACUUCCCUUUUCAGAACUCAUGGUCUAUCAAAAAGCAAGUUAAAAUGGUACAAAACAUACCUCUUUUAAAAAAAAUGUCUGUUAUUUAAGAUGCA